AUGGAGGUUUAUGUUAUGGAUCAUGAUCAACAAUCGUCUCCGGCGGUAAUAAUCACGGACUUGGUAUUUGUAGACGAUGUAUACGCGGUGGUGACGUUGACUGCAGACGGAGAGUUACGGUCAGUUGGUCAAGAACGCCGGCAAUUGACGAUGAAGAAGGAUGUGAUAGGUUUCGUCGUGGAAGGUAAGCAGAUUAGAGUGAAAGCAGUUGUGGAGAGAGGUGGAGGAGGAAUCUGCUGCGGAGAAUCCGAUGGAGAUUUCACCAGGAAAGAUUUCGUGUUCGAGCCUCUCUACGAAGAUGCUAAAAACCGAUGGUGCUACAGCCUCCGUCGAUAUCUCGACUCUCUCGGUCGGCCUAAGAGAUUGCUUGUGUUUGUGAAUCCAUUUGGCGGGAAGAAAUCUGCUAACAAGAUUUUUGUUAAAGAAGUAAAGCCAUUGCUUGAAGAUGCUGAUAUUCAACUUGAUGUUCAAGAAACCAAGUAUCAGCUGCAUGCAAAGGAAAUUGUUAGGUCCAUGGAUGUAUCAAAAUACGAUGGUAUUGUUUGUGUUAGCGGUGACGGUGUUCUUGUUGAGGUUGUAAAUGGACUGCUAGAAAGAGAAGACUGGAGAAAUGCCUUAAAAUUGCCGAUUGGGAUGGUCCCUGCAGGAACUGGUAAUGGCAUGAUAAAGUCAUUGUUGGACUCGGUUGGGCUUCGAUGCUGUGCAAGUAGUGCUACUAUUUCUAUCAUCCGAGGUCAUAAACGCUCAGUAGAUGUGGCCACUAUCUCACAAGGGACUACCAAAUUCUUCAGUGUCUUGAUGCUUGCUUGGGGUUUGGUGGCUGAUAUUGACAUCGAGUCAGAGAAGUUCAGAUGGAUGGGAAGUGCUCGCAUUGACUUCUAUGCUCUUCAGAGAAUACUAUGUUUAAGACAAUACAAUGGACGAAUUUUAUUUAUACCAGCUCCUGGCUUUGAAAGCUAUGGGCAGCUAGUCAGUAACAGUCUAUACAAAGAGCCACCACCUAUUAGCGAUAAAGAACUUGGAUACCAAGGACCUGAUGCUAAAUUUGAAGAUCUGGAAUGGAGGGAAAUCAAAGGCCCUUUUGUUUCGGUAUGGCUUCAUAAUGUUCCAUGGGGUGCUGAGAACACUCUGGCCGCUCCUGAUGCAAAGUUUUCUGAUGGCUUCCUGGACUUGGUUGUCUUGAAGACCUGUCCUAAGCUUGUCUUGCUAUCACUUCUGAGACAGUUGAGUGAUGGAACACAUGUUCAUUCACCAUAUGUCUCUUAUCUAAAGGUGAAGGCAUUCGUGUUGGAGCCCGGUGCACGCGUAGACGAACCAGACAAGGAAGGAAUCAUAGAUUCGGAUGGAGAGGUGUUGGCAAGGGGAAGAAAAACAUAUAAAUGUGAUCAAAAGGCUCUGAUGUCUUAUGACAAGCUUCAAAUUACAGUUGAUCAAGGUUUAGCCACUCUCUUCUCUCCUGAAUAUUGA